AGAAAUAAUAAAUGUCAAUCGUUCUCAUAGGAUAAAUUGGAUCAGGGAAAACAACCAUCUUUAACAAAAUUACAAAUUCUUAAGAAACAACACAAGCAGGUGGAAAUUCAGUGACGAUGAGCGUUUUUAUGAAGAAAUCAUGUGAGGGCUAAGGGUUUUCAAUAUUAGACACCCCAGGUUUUGGAUCAGAUUCAAAUAAAAUAGAUCAUAUUGCAGGGGUGCUUUCUGCUUUAUCUGAAGGACCAAUUAACAGAAUUGUUAUUUUAGCUAGAUUUGCUAGAACUUCCGUAAUUUUAGAAGAUGUAAAAAGAAUUUUACCUGCAUUUAUCAAUUAUAGGCAUAUGAUCACAGUAAUUGUUACAUGUUGGGAUUUUUGUGAAAAAGAAAAGCAAGAAUCAAAUAAAAGAGACAUACAAUAAAAACUUGCAUAAUUUAAAAUUAAUUCAGUGAUGUUUGUUGGUAAAAAUGACUCUUCUGAGAGUAUCUGUCUUUAAAUUGAUUAAAUUAUUGCUACAUCUGCAGCAUAAAAUGUUUUUUUAACUGAAAAUGAUAUCUUCCAGAAUUUUGAUAUGACAGAUUAUGUUGAAGGAGAGAUUUUUGAAAUUGAGAUGUUGAAAGGUGAUUUAAUAACAUAUUACCAUACUUUUUUUCUAUAAGCAAAAAAAUAUAUAGAAGAACACACUAUACCAAUAGGAUUAUAAGCAGAUUAUUUCUAUGCAAUAACAUAAUUUGCAAAAUAAACAGUAGAUGAUACUAUGAAAAAAUUUGAGAUUGAAACAUUAUAAACAAUUGAUAAAUUAAAUCCAAAAGAAUAACUUAAGGCCUUUCAAAUUCAUUUUUAACUUAAGAGUACUUUAUUUAAAGAAUAUGAAUAUCUUAUUGAAGCUGCACACAAAUAAACUCAUAAGAACCAUUUCUCCAAAUAUAUUAAAAAAUGUUAUCAUUGUGGUGAAAUUUGGUUCAAAGCAGCUGGUUGUGGAGGCAACACAAUCUGUGGACGUCUCAAUGAGAAUCAUUUAGAUGAAUUUAUCAAAAAUGAAUAGGCUCCUCAAAAAUUUAAAGUUACAUACAUAAAAGAGAAGUUGUAAGUGUAACUUGAUGAGUCUGUGAAACCAAAAGAAAUAGUGUUAAAUGAAAAAAAUAAACAAUAUUUAAUGACAGAUUAGACAAAGAUUAAAAUCGAAGAAAUGAAGUUGGGUAAUGAAACAUUCAAAGUAGGUGGAGCUGGAUGUAAAAAAUAAAUUGAUUGGGGGAAAAUGUAUCCAUUAACAGAAUAAGAAUUGAAUGAAGUUUUAGGUAUUUUAGAUGUUAAAUUGUGUGAAAAAAUGGUUGAAUUUGAAAAAUUAACAUAAUAGAAAACACUUAAAUAAUAAUUAGAAUAUAAGAGUGAACUUGAUAAGAAAAUUAAAGAAUAAUCAAUAAAUAUCAAAAAAGUAACAUGA